AUGGGUCGAGUCAUCCGAGCACAAAGGAAGUCCGGUGGUAUCUUCAGGUCCCACACCCACCACAACAAGAACCCCGCCAAGCUUAGGAACGUCGACUACGCUGAGAAGAACGGCUACAUCAGGGGUGUUGUCAAGGACAUCAUCCACGACGCUGGACGAGGUGCUCCCCUCGCCACCGUCGUCUUCCGUGACCCCUACCGAUACAAGCUCCGAAAGGAGACUUUCCUCGCUACCGAGGGUAUCUCUACCGGCUCUUUCGUCUACUGCGGUAAGAAGGCUUCCCUCGCCAUCGGCAACGUCCUUCCCCUCGGUCAGUGCCCCGAAGGUACCAUCGUCAGCAACGUUGAGGAGAAGAUUGGUGACCGAGGAGCGCUCGCCCGAACCUCUGGCAACUACGCCACCAUCAUCGGCCACUCCGAGUCUGGUGUGACCCGAAUCAGGUUGCCCUCUGGUUCCAAGAAGACUGUCUCUUCCCGAUGCAGGGCUACCGUCGGUAUCGUCGCCGGUGGUGGUAGGAUCGACAAGCCCUUCCUUAAGGCUGGUAGGAAGCACCACGCUAUGCGUGCUAAGAGGAACUCUUGGCCCAGGACUCGUGGUGUGGCUAUGAACCCCGUGGACCACCCCCACGGUGGUGGUAACCACCAGGCGCGUCGUCACAUUGGUCACGCUUCCACCAUGGCCCGAGACGCCCCCGCCGGUCAAAAGGCUGGUCUUAUCGCCGCCAGGAGGACUGGUUUGCUCAGGGGUACCGCCGGCAAGGUCGUCGACACUGCUUAA